UUGAGGUCUCUCGAAGGCUAUGGUGUGGUGUACAGUUGAUAGAUGUCAAGGAUUGCUCAGACCAGCCGCCUGUACGGAAACGGAAUGGUCCGUCGAGGAUCCCACCUUCUUCGAAUGUUCGCCCUGGAGAGGACCAAUUAUCCGACCAUCGCAGCAUCAACCAUCAGAUAUCAAAUCCUCCCAUGCGUCGAUUUCUGGUGCUGAUUUAUCCCCCCUUCGUUGAUUUCUGUCGACCCCGCCGAAUGGUCUAUCGUACUCCUUAGCGCUCUUUCGAGUCGCAUCAGGUGGUCAAUGCCAUCCUUCAACAGGACCAUCCAUCAUGUACUCAACCUUCGCUGCCACCGCCGACGCCGAUUCAUUCGAUGAUAAUACAUUUGGCUUUGGACAGGCGAAGGACGAUGUUCUAUCAAUCCCAAUGUCGCACGAGAGCGCACAUACACAUCUGAAAGUCCCAGCUCCCGAUAUGAUUCCGAUCACUGGGCUUAAUAGGAUGGUAUAUGGACCAUACAAUGAAUCAACCACAUCGUCGAGCCAGUACGGGUACACACGAGAUGGUUCCGAGGGGAAUGAUAGCCACCUAAGUGGCAGAGAAGAUCGUGAUGGGUCGAUAUCAAGUGGAUAUGUGAAUGGGCAGGACCGCAGUUAUGCGCCUUCUCCAUUGCAUAUUUCACACACCGCACAUCCGACCUUUCAAAUUCCAUCGAACCUUCCAGGAAACUCGUAUGGAGCGCACAUCUCAAAUGACAACCGUUCGCCUCUUCACCCUGCCAAGACAACUACCAUCUCACCUACUACAGUAUUACCAACCUCAAACAAAGAGCACGCAAUUCCACCGAACCCAGCAUCAGAAGUACAACCUUCCCUAAAGGAGAGCUCGAUGGUCUCUCCAACUGAUCAAGGGGCGCACUCCCACACACCCCCUACUGCCCGCCAAUCUACAAAGCCCGCCUCUAUGAGGAAAGCCCCCGAGUUCAGGGCGAAUUCAUCUAUUCCGGCAGAAAUGUCAUGGCCUGAAUUUGCGAGACAGGGUAUUUUGGGUGCGGAGAGCUCCCGUCUGAACCCUUUCGCACUUCAUCCCGAGGAGUACAAACUUCUCAGAAACCACGUCACUCAUGCACAAGUUACGAUCUAUUUGAACAUAAGGAACGCCAUACUUCGAUUAUGGACGCGAAAUCCUUUGGUAGCCGUUACCCCAGAAGAAGCGGCAGGGUGUGCAAGGGACAAGCGAUAUUUUGGCCUUGCCCUCGUGGCAUACAACUGGCUUCUCAGGAAUGGCUACAUAAAUUUUGGUUGCGUCGAAGUCCCGAAUACUGCAGGCCCAAACCCGCGUUCCAAAGCGAAAGCGGGCUCACAGAAGACGGUGCUGGUAAUCGGGGCUGGAAUGGCUGGUCUUGGAUGCGCGAGGCAUGUGGAGGGUCUAUUUUCACAGCUUGGCGACCGCUGGGCUGAUGAAGGGGAACUUCCGCCUAAAGUCAUCGUGUUGGAGGCUCGGCGCCGAAUCGGUGGUAGAGUGUACUCCCAUCCACUUCGAAAUCAACAAAAUUCUACCCUUCCACGAGGACAUCGAUGUACAGCCGAGAUGGGCGCCCAAAUCGUGACGGGUUUCGAGCGCGGGAACCCCAUGAAUGCGCUCAUCCGCGGACAACUAGGUAUUCCUUAUCAUGCUCUUCGCGACAACACCAUAUUGUAUGAUCAUGACGGCACAAUUGUGGAAAGGAGUCAAGAUCUGCUUGUGGAAAAGCUAUACAAUGAUGUGUUGGAACGUGUGAGCGUGUACAGGAAUAAGCCGGCCACUUUCCGAACCGUUGAAGGCGAUCGUAAUAUGAUAUUGUUCGGACGGGAGCCGAGCGAUACAGGGGGACCAACCGUUGCAGAGCUGGAACAGUCCAGUGCGCCGCUUCCGGCUCAUGCGAAUACAACGGCAUCAACAACUGAGGAGAAGCCGUCAUCAGGGGUGGAGAAGCUUGCAGGGCGCGCAUACCAGCUUACCGCAGGCUUUGAUGCCGAUAUACCUGCAGCGGAGGCUGUACGAAGGAUGGGCUGGACGCUCAAACCAGAAGCAUCAUCAUCACAAACACUAGAGCUGGAUACGAUAGCGAGAUCGGUAAAGCAUCCAACUCUUGGACCUACCAUGGAUGAGGGCAUUAGGCAGUAUCAAGACCUUAUCAACCUCUCCCCUAAAGACCUCCGCCUCCUUAACUGGCACCAUGCGAAUCUGGAGUACGCGAAUGCCGUCAGUGUGAACCAGCUAAGUCUUAGUGGCUGGGAUCAGGAUAUCGGUAACGAAUUUGAAGGCGAACAUACGCAGAUUAUUGGCGGUUACCAGCAAGUGCCUCGCGGACUAUGGCAUUGUCCGACCAAGCUGGAUGUACGAUUCAACUCAGCGGUGAAAUCUAUACAUUAUAAUAUGCGGGAGAGCGUCGUCGGCAAGGCAGUGAAAGUGGCAUGUCAUAAUGGCGAGGUAUUCGAGGCAGAUGAGGUGGUUUUGACGACACCCCUUGGUGUGCUCAAAUCGGGAGCUAUUUCAUUCAAUCCGCCAUUACCUAGCUGGAAAAACGAGGUCAUCGAGCGCAUGGGUUUUGGGCUGCUCAACAAGGUCAUAUUAGUCUACGAGGAAGCCUUCUGGGAGCCACAUCGAGACAUGUUCGGCCUGCUAAAUGAAGCUGAGCGUCAAGACAGUCUCGACACGAAGGAUUAUGCCUCGCGCAGAGGAAGAUUCUACCUCUUCUGGAACUGUAUCAAAACAAGCGGUCGGCCGACGCUCGUAGCCCUCAUGGCAGGCGAUGCAGCACACUAUGCUGAAGCGAGUACCGAUGAACACCUGGUUCAGGAGGUCACCUCUCGUUUGACCAAGAUGUUCUCACCCAAGCCCGUCCCGCUGCCCUCCGAGACCAUUGUUACUCGGUGGAGCAAAGAUCCCUAUGCCCGCGGCAGCUAUUCUUAUGUCGGACCAACUACACUGGCAGGCGACUACGAUGUCAUGGCUAAGCCCCAUGGACUUCUACACUUCGCAGGCGAGGCGACGUGCGGUACACACCCAGCAACUGUCCACGGCGCAUACCUCUCCGGCCUCCGCGCAGCAGCAGAAGUCGUCGAAAGUAUGAUCGGCCCCAUCGAAGUUCCCACCCCUCUAGUCGAAAAGGUCGAAAAGAAACCCAUCAAAACUGACCGUUCCUCCACCCCCAUCACCCUUGCCGCCAAACACAAGCUCGACUCCACGGACUCUACACCCCCUUCUUCUUCCCAAGAUGGCGGCCGCAAUGCCGCCCGCAAGCCCGGCCGGGACGAAGCGUACGAAGCCAGCAUCAUCGGGGCCAUCCUUAACGAGAUUGGCGAACGCCCCAUCAAGCCCGGUCGUAGCACCGGCGUGAACCCUUUCCUCCUCUUCACAAAGGAUAACUGGUACGCCUGUAAGGAAGAGUGCGACCAGAAGCGACAAGCCGCAACCGGCGACCCCAACGCCAAGGCCAGCAAGACCGAGAUUCGCAGCGCCAUAGGUCUGAAGUGGCGCACUGCGAGCGAGGAGGUGAAGAAGCCCUAUCUAGAGCAGACGAGUAUGGCCAAAGAAGAUGCAGCAGCCAUGGCGAAACAGUUCAAGGAGAGUGUGGAGCGGUGGGAUAGAGAGGCGGAGAGGAUCAGGAAGGAGUUUGUUGAGAAGAAUCCUCCGCCGGAUGGGGAUGUCGCGUUGUAUGAGGGGAGGACGGCGAUUGAGGUUGGGGGUGGGAAGAGGUUGAGGAGAGGUUAGGCGCUUCGGUAGCGGGCGGGGGACGGGUGAUGGGAUUGUUUUGGCGUUUUGGUUUUUGGGGUUGGUGGGAUCUUUUUUUGUUAUUUAUGUGUGCGAGUAUUGUGGUAUGGAGAUGAUGGAGUGUGGUUUUCGUUCUUUCUGCAUACCCUGGUGUUUUGGGGGUCGUACGCGUCUUUUGUCCUGGGCUUUCACUUAUUCGAAGCGUUGGUCAUGUAGGACUGUGAAGGGCGUACGGGAGAGAUAUGGACGAGCGUGAGAGCAAUGAAUGGAAGGGUGUUAUUCCGCUAGAUGUAAUCAAAAGUCGUCGUGGACC